AUGACAGACCAAACCUUCCACCUCACCCGCGAAGACAUCCGCAAGCUCGAAUCCCGCGAGUCCCGCCGCUACCACGGCCAAGUCCCCGCCGACGCCGACUCCUCAAUCCUCAAAUCCAUCGUCGACCAAAACAAAAACCGUAGCAAAGAUCCCCAAGCCAACCUCGAGCUGCCCGAAGACCCCCCGGUGCCCGGCGACAUGAAGUCGGCCGACGCGCGCUACAGCGGCGGUGGCAUCGGCUCGGGCCGCUACUCGGGCGACCUGGCGACAGAGAACGAUGCGCUGCGGGAGCCAGCGGCGCAGCAGAGCGGCGUCAGGGUCGAUGGCGAGAAGUUGCAUAAGGGCACUAUUUUGGAGCCUAAGUACUCAUAG